CACAGGAAGCCUGCUCUCUCUCUCCAGCAACAGCAGACCUCCAGCAGGAAGCAGACACGGACGCGGUCUGAGAUCUACAAUAUUUUAGAGGGAAACGGAGGCUCACCGACUAAAUGAACCCGAACCAGGUCUAAAACCGAGCCGCUGUAACCUAGACAGGUGUGUCCGGUGGGUGGCUCUAUUGGCGGGUCCGGUUCUGCAGCUGGACGAGGAAACGUGACGCGAAUCAAAGCAGAUCGAUGGUGUGAGGUUGGUUGUGACAAUGAUGAUGAACUCCCCAGAGAGGAUGAAGAGGAAACCUCCGAAGGACAGCCUGACUCUUCUGCCCUGCUUCUACUUUGUGGAGCUGCCCAUCGUGGCUUCUUCUAUGGUAUCUCUUUACUUCCUGGAGUUGACUGACGUGGUGCAGCCGGCUCAGGUGGGUUUCCGUUGCCAUGACAGGGACCUCAGCAUGCCGUAUGUGGAUGGAGGAGACGAACUGAUCCCUCUGCUGAUGUUGCUGAGCCUCGCAUUUGCUGGACCCGCUGCUUCGAUCAUGUUGGUGGAAGGGCUGAUCUACUGCCUGCAGUCCAGACUGAAGCUCCGCAGAGCCGAAGGCAGCAUCAACGCAGGCGGCUGCAACUUCAACUCCUUCUUGAGGAGGACGGUCCGUUUCGUAGGUGUGCAUGUGUUCGGGCUCUGUGCAACGGCUCUGGUCACCGACAUCAUCCAGUUGUCGACAGGUUACCACGCCCCAUUCUUCCUCACCGUGUGCAAACCAAACUACACUCAGGCUGGCGUGUCAUGUGAUAAAAACCCAUACAUCACAAAAGACAUCUGUUCUGGUCAUGACCAGCAUGCCAUCCUGUCUGCCAGGAAAACGUUUCCUUCCCAGCAUGCAACUCUGUCGGCCUUCGCUGCUGUUUAUAUUUCUAUGUAUUUUAACUCGACCAUCUCAGACAGCACCAAGCUGCUGAAACCCGUCUUGGUUUUUGCAUUUGCAAUCGCAGCGGUGUUAACGGGUCUAACUCAGAUCACCCAGCAUCGCAGCCAUCCCAUCGACGUUUACGUGGGCUUCCUCAUUGGAGCCUUUAUCGCUGCCUAUCUGGCUUUUCAUGCUGUCGCUAACUUCAAAUCCUCUGAUGACAUCAUGCCAGCCUUGCCUCCCCCACCCCUGAAGGAGGACCCUCUUCGAGCACUGACGGAGCGAGGACAUGAGUCUGUCUAUAACAAGGGUCCCGCCUCUGCCUCAGAGAGUAAUGAUGAGAUAGCGGUGGCUCCGGCCCCCAUGAACAAGCUGGAGGGCCUGGGGCCUCUGCAAAGGGAGAAGGGCUCCAUGGAAAGCCUGAAGAGGGCCAGUGUGGACGUGGAGCUGCUGGCUCCACGCAGCCCCAUGGGGAAGGAGACCAUGCUGACCUUCAGCAACACACUGCCAAGGGCUAGCAUGAAUGCUAAUGGGGUGCUGGGGGCCAGCGAUGGGGCAGAGGAUCUGGUUCAGUCAGUUCAGUCGGUGCAGCCAGCACAGCGGCGUCUGAAGGCUGUGCAGGUUCCCAUGGACCCGAUGAGGUCACAGCAGCUAGUGUCAGAGUGGAAGCAGAAGUCAGUGGAGAUGAGAGGCCUGAGCCCCUGGGAUGAGGUGGAGCAUGAGCCCAGUGACAACUCAGAGGUCGGCUCUGUCGGCACUGAAGAUGGGGGCUCUCAGGUCCCCAUCUACCAGCCCACGGUGCAGUCUGGGAGGGCACCCUCUAGUCGCAACUCCACUCCACCUCCAGGGGGCCCUAAAGCUGUGGCAACCCCUAGGCCGCCACAGAUCCCUGAAGCAGGACCUCCACCAGUGUCCCCAAAAAGCGCCUUGACACGGGCCAAGUGGCUCGCUAUCCGGGAGAAGACGAGCGGGGAGGGGUCUGCCCGCGGUACUGCCAACCAGCCACGACUGAUGCAGGUCAUUGCUAUGUCAAAGCAGCAGGGUCUUCUCCCCUCCUCCUCCUCCUCCAGGGAGAAGUCCUCUGAGAGCACCUCCACCUGCUCUGGCACCUCUUCUGCUGCUGACUCACCGCACUACUGCUCCCUCUCCGAGCAGCGGGAAGGAUCUGGUAUCACUGCAGUGGAUGCCCACUCCCCCAGCCAUCCUGUUAUUCAAGCCCCCUCCUCUCAUCAGGCUCCACCCCCUACAGGUAACAGUAACCCAUGGGAAUGGGCGGGGGCGUCCAAUGGGGGUGACCCACGAGACACCUAUGACCUCAACAGCCUGAACCGAGGAAACUCGGCUGCUCGUGGCAGCAGCUUCCGGCCCCAUCGAUCCAGAUCGCCGUGCGCCACCAAUGAGCCCGACCUGGCCCCAUCCCCUCCUCACCCACAGGUGGAGCUGUCAGCAGAAGCUCAGCGCAGGGAGAUGGCCAUGAGACGUAAGACAGCUCUCGUUCUGUUGGAUCGGGAGAUUCGCAACCAGACUGAACAGCAGAACUAUUAUAAAAGUCUGCAGGGACGAAGGUUCAAGGAAUAGUCUCUAAUCUUUCAAAACAAAGGCGUUAUUUUAAAAGUGUCCCUAACAGCACAGCACCUGGACAUGUGAUGACCGUGUUGCUCUGCAUCUCUUCAGCCUAACAUGAUGGAGAUGGAGGAGGCUCAGGCUGAUGCUCGGUGGCUCAACGAUCUCAACUUAAAAGACUUAGGUAUCACUGCAGAGUCUCAGCAUUCAGGACUGAUCUGUCCAAUAUUUAUAUCUGUAAUAACAAUACAUUCAUUUUUAGCACAUUUCACUUGAAACAAGUGCUCAGAACAACCAAAACACCAUGUCAAUGAAAACACUUGGAUAAAAAAAUGAUUUUUAAAUGUAGAUUUUAACCUGUGGAAAAUGCUGUAGGGUGGGCACUGAUGCUCUACGGGGGAGGUGAUGUAGGUGAGGGUGAUGCUGAGACCGAUGGAUCACCUUCUUCUGCAGUCUUGAGCCUCUGAGCAGGAAGCCGCAGAGUUUCUGUGGCCAGUGUGUUGUGAAUAAUCUUAAAGAUCCAUGCUGGAAGCACGAACGUAACAAACCUGAAACCUACAGUGAAGCUCCAACACCAACCGCUAUGAGCUGCAGUCAGACUAUGGCUAUAUCUCAUUUCCCUUUUUUGAUUGCUCCUCAGUCCUCACUCGACCUCACUCCACCAUCUUGAAGGACAUUCCAAGGCUAAGGUAAAGGACAUCUCAUGUCAUAAAUAGCGUGUUUCCUUGCAUCUUAUGUGGGUUGGACUAAGACAGAAGUGAGGGAAAUGUGGAUGCAAUUAAGGGAAUUGAGAUGUAUCCACUGUGCAUGUGCUUGCAGCCAUGUUGGAGGAGCCAACGCCGAUUGUAAAUUAGCUGGACAAAUGUGUUGUUGCCUUCCUGUUGUGAUUCUCAGCAUGUUUGCUUGUGUGCUGCACUCAAGAAGGCGAGUUUGUGUGUGAAUGUGUAUCUAUUAAGGAUGGCCUGGUACGAGAUUAAAUAUUUCUAAAGAUAUGAAUAUUCAGAAUUUGAAGAUUCACUCACUGAUGUUGUUUCAGUACUCACACAUUCUAAAAUGUCAACAGGUUUAUGUAAAAUGACUGAUAAUCAAUAGGUUCUGUUAUUAUAUGGAUACAGGCCAGUCUAGCACGCAGUUGGUUAGUGUGCCAAAUUACUAUACUGGUUGCGUUUUGGUCAUUUAUUUAAGAAUUCUUUGUUUUUGUCAGCAUUUAUAAAGAAAACAAGGAUGAUUUGAGGAAAAUAAUCACUAUAAAUACUGUAUGUCAGUCAAAAAAAUUGUACAAAUGAUUUAGUUGAAGCGUACUGAUAAGGUCAUUUUUUAAAAUAAAGCUGUACCAUUUUGAAGAGUCAUGAGUUUAACUUUAUAGUAAAACUACUAGUGAUAAUGUGAUUGGAUCAAGUUUGCGAAGAUUCUCGUGUGACAAACAAUUAUUUGAUUGUUUUACUCUGUCAUAGAAAUAAAACAGCAACUCAGAAAUGCAACAGUUGCUCUGUUACAGAGACAAAGCGUCCCCUGGGCUCUGAAACCAGGUCAGGGAGCAUAUCUGUAAAUACUGAUAUAUUGAUGAACCAGUACUGUCCCUGCUGUUAAUGUGUCUGCAUGCGUUUGAUUGUAUAUCAGGCAAACAUCCUGUUCAUCUCAGUUUUUAAAUCCUGAGAACUGAAAAGACUGAUGACCACUAUCAGCAUUUUCAUUUGAUUGUAAAAACAUUGUUUUUCUUUGAAUCUGUACAUUUUGUGACUCAAAGUGUAAAAAGAAAAAACUGCAGCUAUAAAAAGAGCUUAAUUGUUCAAAGUAUAUUUGAAACAGUUUCAGACUGAAGGAUGCUGCAUGCUCUGUGCUCGACAUUAAAACUUGUUCUUGAGCCUCAGUGUUAUUUAAAAUCUGUUUCUACACAUAUAUAAAGUCAUGUAGUAUGUCAUGUAGUUAAUCUCCACAGGGAAUGAGUGUGAUCACAGUCGGCAGUAAAAACUUUCUGUAGCAUCCUUUGUCUUUCUUCCGGCUUCCUCCUGUAAGUGUCUUUGUUUUCCCAGGGUCUCACUUUUAUUUCCCCCUGCACGCUCUGCAGAAGGUCUCUGUGUUCUUGUUGAGCAGCUCCUCCAAGCCUCUGGUGAUCCAGGGCUUAUUGUUAGAAAAGCAGUGCACUGUCAGUGGGGAUGGUGUUGUCCACACAGACAUUUAUGUACUCUGUAACACAGUGUGUCAUGGAAUCAAUGUAGUCUUCAUGGGGGUCACAGUGUAUAUACCAGUCUGUGGCUUCAAAGCUUCUCUGCAGAGUCUCAUUCGUUUCCUGUGACAGUGCCAGGUCAGCUUCAGUCAGUGACACUCAACCCCGACUCUUCCCCUAAACUUGAUUCUAACCGGAACCAUAAAACCAGGUCUGAACCCUCAACAGGCCUUUAAAGAUGUGAGGACUGGAACACAUAUCCUCGCAACACAAAGCUGUCCUCACAGUGAAGAAAUGUCCUAUCAAUAAUGGUUCCCAGCUAAAAUGUGUCCUCACAAUAAUAGGAAGACAAUAACACACACACUGCGUGAAGUCCUGCACCUUCAGGCUCAUUAUGCAGUUUCCACGGCAACAGUGUUGAUGGAGGAUGCUGAGAUAAGACACAGUUUUCAUUCUGGUUGGUGUUUGAUUGUUUAUUAGACUUGUUUAUAGUUACAAAAAGUCAGCUACAUUUAUAUUAAUGUAUUUUAACAAACAUCAGUCUCAGCAGAAAACAGUAAUUAUCAAUUUUAUAGUAAUGAGCAGGAGGAAAGCAAUCACAGCUGUAUUUAUAGUGUUUGCGUAUCUGUACAUGCAAAAACAAAACAUGAAAUACUCUGUGUAUAAAGUUAAUGUGAAUGUUUAAUAUGAUAUUAUGUCGGUAAUUCACUUGUUUUUAAUAAGUGAUGGCUUCU